AGAACAAAAGAGCGAGGGACCAUCUCUUUCUUUCCUUUACUCCACCAGUACAACUAAUACACCCAUUUCCCCCCACCAGGACUGCGCGUGGGGAGGGAGGUCCGGUACCUCGGUUCAGCACACACACACACACACAACACACUGAAGUAAGAGCAGGCUGCUGCUGCUGCGCACUGACUGAGCGGAGCGGAGAGACGGCGGACGCACGCACAGAGCAGACCACCAGCUACAGCACACACGAGCCACAAAACGAGAGAGAGAAAGAGGGGAGCGGCCACGCGAAGUUGAGCAGACUCCACCCAGAAAAAAGCCAGCGAACCGAGAGACAGUCGAGACCAUAAAAAUGAGUGGUUCACACCCCCGGCUCCACCAGAGCGCCGCGCCCGCUCCCAACGCUCUCUCCACGGACAAGGACGCAGAAAUGCCCGCCACGGAGAAGGACCUGGCCGAGGAUGCGCCGUGGAAGAAGAUCCAGCAGAACACCUUCACCCGUUGGUGUAACGAGCACCUGAAAUGCGUCAACAAGAGGAUCGGCAACUUGCAGACGGACCUCAGCGACGGGCUGCGCCUCAUCGGGCUCCUGGAGGUCUUGUCCCAGAAGAAGAUGUUCAGAAAGUACAACCAGAGGCCCACUUUCCGCCAGAUGCAGCUGGAGAACGUGUCGGUGGCUCUGGAGUUCCUGGACAAGGAGAACAUUAAGCUGGUGUCCAUAGACUCUAAAGCCAUUGUGGAUGGGAACCUGAAGCUGAUCCUGGGUCUGAUCUGGACCUUGAUCUUGCACUACUCCAUCUCCAUGCCCAUGUGGGAUGAGGAGGAGGAGGCGGAUGAUGGCAAGCAGAAGACGCCCAAGCAGAGGCUGCUGGGAUGGAUCCAGAACAAGCUGCCCGAGCUCCCUAUCACCAACUUCCACAGAGACUGGCAGACCGGUCGGGCCUUGGGUGCCCUGGUUGACAGCUGUGCUCCAGGUCUGUGUCCUGACUGGGACCAGUGGGAUCAGACUAAACCAGUGGACAACGCCCGUGAGGCCAUGCAGCAAGCUGACGACUGGCUGGGUAUCCCACAGGUGAUCACCCCUGAAGAGAUCGUUGACCCCAAUGUGGAUGAACAUUCAGUCAUGACCUACCUGUCCCAGUUCCCCAAGGCUAAACUGAAGCCUGGUGCACCUCUACGACCCAAACUCAACCCCAAGAAGGCCCGCGCCUAUGGGCCAGGUGUUGAGCCUGUUGGUAACGUUGUGAUGAAGAAGGCCUUGUUCACCGUUGAGACCAUCAGUGCAGGAAUGGGAGAGGUGCUGGUUUACGUGGAGGACCCUGCAGGACACAGAGAGGAGGCUAAAGUGACAGCCAACAAUGACAAGAACCGCACGUACUCCGUCUUCUAUAUCCCUAAAGUCACAGGCAUGCACAAGGUGACAGUAUUGUUUGCAGGGCAGCACAUCUCCAAGAGCCCCUUCGAGGUGGAGAUCGGCAUGGCUCAGGGAGACUCCAGCAAGGCCACGGCUCAGGGACCAGGCCUGGAGCCCACAGGAAACAUUGCCAACAAGACCACCUACUUUGACGUCUACACAGCAGGCGCUGGUGUUGGCGAGGUGGAGGUGAUGAUCAUAGAUCCUGCCGGCAAGAAGAACACGGUGACUUGCACCAUCGAGGACAAGGGCAACAGUAGCUAUCGCUGCACCUACAAACCCACCCAGGAGGGCCAGCACACCAUCUAUGUCACCUUUGCUGGUGGUCAGAUCAGCAAGAGUCCCUUCACGGUCACCGUGGGAGAGGCAUGUAACCCCAGCUUGUGCAGAGCUAAGGGUCGUGGGUUGCAGCCAAAGGGCCUCAGGGUGAAGGAGACUGCAGACUUUAAGGUUUACACCAAAGGAGCCGGCACCGGAGAACUCAAAGUCACCAUCAAGGGACCCAAGGGUCUUGAGGAGCCUUGUAAAAGGAAAGAUCUCGGAGAUGGUGUGUACGGAUUUGAGUAUUACCCCACCACACCAGGAACAUACACCAUCACCAUCACCUGGGGCGGACAGCACAUCCCCCGCAGUCCCAUUGAGGUCAAGAUUGGAGCUGAGGCCGGCCAGCAGAAGGUGAGGGCCUGGGGUCCAGGGCUGGAGGGUGGUGUUGUUGGGAAAUCUGCUGACUUUGUGGUGGAGGCUGUUGGAGACAACGUCGGUACACUGGGGUUCUCUGUGGAAGGUCCAUCUCAAGCCAAAAUUGAGUGUGACGACAAGGGCGAUGGAUCCUGUGAUGUGCGCUACUGGCCCACAGAGCCUGGGGAGUAUGCCGUGCACGUGCUCUGCAACAACGAAGACAUCCAGCAUUCUCCCUUUAUGGCUGAGAUUGUCAACCCACCAGGCAAAGACUUCUACCCUGACAAGGUUAAGGCGCAUGGUCCAGGCCUUCAAAGCAGUGGUUUGGCUGUUGGAAAGCCCACUGAGUUUACAGUCGAUGCCAAGCAAGGAGGAAAAGCUCCACUGAAGAUUGUUGCUCAGGAUGGCGAAGGUACUCCUGUGGAUGUACAGGUUAAGGAUAAUGGCAAUGGCACCUACGCCUGUACUUACACCCCACGUAAACCCGUAAAACACACUGCCAUGGUCUCCUGGGGAGGAGUCAACAUCCCUGACAGCCCGUUCAGGAUGAACAUUGGAGCAGGCUGUCAUCCAAACAAGGUGAAGGUGUCAGGACCUGGAGUGGCCAAGACCGGCCUCAAGGCCUUCGAGCCGACAUACUUCACCGUUGACUGUGCAGAGGCUGGUCAAGGUGACAUCAGCAUAGGGAUAAAGUGUGCCCCCGGAGUGGUGGGACCUGCAGAGGCUGACAUUGACUUUGACAUCAUCAGGAACGACAACGAUACAUUCACUGUCAAGUAUACUCCUCCUGGAGCAGGCAGCUACACCAUCAUGGUCCUGUUUGCUGACCAGGCUAUUCCAAUGACGCCCAUCAGAAUUAAAGUAGAUCCCUCUCAUGAUGCCAGCAAAGUCAAGGCAGAGGGACCAGGACUGAGUCGCAGUGAGAUGACUGUAGGCAAAGACCAGGAAGUGACUGUCAAAUCAAAGGGUGCUGGUGGUCAGGGCAAGGUCGCUGCCAAGGUGACAGGACCAGCAGGGAAGCCAGUGACCAGCAAGGUUGAGCCAGGGCUAAGUCCAGAGACCAGUCAGGUCAAGUUUAUCCCCCGGGAGGUGGGGCCAUACCAGGUUGAACUGACCUAUGAUGGAGUGCCAAUCCCUGGAUCACCCUUCACCCCCACAGCUUACCCUACCUCAGAUCCCUCCAAGGUACGCUGCUCUGGGCCAGGCUUGGAGCGUGCCAAGGUCGGGGAGAAAGGGGAGUUCAUUGUGGACUGUACCAACGCCGGCCCGGCUGACCUGACCAUCGAGAUCAUCUCGGACAGUGGCACCGAGGCCGAGGUUCACAUCCAGGACAACGGAGAUGGGACCUACACCAUCACCUACAUCCCUCUCUACCCUGGCUCGUACACUCUCACCAUCCGCUACGGUGGCCAGGAUGUGCCCAACUUCCCUGCUCGGCUCAACGUGGAGCCUGCGGUUGAUGCGAGUGGAGUCCGUGUGUUUGGACCAGGAGUGGAGGGCAAAGGUGUUUUCCGCGAGGCAACCACAGACUUCACUGUGGACGCCCGUGCUCUCACACAGGCCGGAGGUGACCACAUCAAAACCCUCAUCAGCAACCCGUCUGGCAGCCGCACAGAUGCUCUGAUCACCGACCUCGGAGAUGGAACCUACAACGUAGAGUACACUCCUUAUGAGGAAGGCCCACACAGCGUGGAAGUUUGCUAUGAUGGCUCUCCAGUACCUAAGAGUCCAUUCCGCAUUGCUGUUACCGAAGGCUGUGAUCCAGCUCGUGUCCGCGUGCAUGGUCCUGGUCUGAAAGGUGGCACCACCAACAAGCCCAACAAGUUCACAGUGGAAACCCGAGGAGCAGGUACUGGUGGUCUUGGUCUGGCAAUGGAGGGUCCGUCAGAGGCCAAAAUGUCCUGCACUGAUAACAAGGAUGGCAGCUGCAGUGUCGAGUACGUCCCAUACGAGCCUGGCACAUACAACCUCAACAUCACCUACGGAGGGCAGCCCAUCAAAGGUAGUCCAUUCUCGGUGCCAGUCAGUGACACAGUGGACAGCACCAAGGUGAAGUGCCAGGGUCCAGGCCUGGGCAACAAUGUCAGGGCCAACAUUCCUCAGGCAUUCACAGUGGACGCCUCCAAAGCUGGUGUGGCCCCACUGCAGGUCCGCGUACAGGGACCCAAAGGUGUGGUGGAGCCUGUGGAAGUGGUGGAUAAUGGUGACCAGACUCACACAGUCAACUAUGUUCCCACCAGAGAGGGACCCUAUUCCAUUAAUGUGUUGUAUGCCGAUGAGGAGAUACCACGCAGCCCCUACAAGGUGAAGGUGCUCCCCACCCACGAUGCCAGCAAGGUGCGUGCCAGCGGACCCGGCCUCAACACCACUGGGGUGCCCGCCUCCCUGCCCGUCGAGUUUACCAUUGACGCCAAAGAUGCAGGCGAGGGACUGCUGGCAGUGCAGAUCACAGACCCAGAAGGGAAGCCUAAGAAGGCAAACAUCCGUGACAACCAUGAUGGGACCUACCUGGUGUCCUAUGUGCCAGACAUGACUGGCAGAUACACCAUCCUCAUUAAGUACGGAGGGGAUGAGAUCCCAUACUCACCCUACCGUAUUAGGGCCGUGCCCUCCGGAGACGCCAGCAAGUGCACUGUCACAGUCUCAAUCGGCGGUCACGGUUUAGGUGCCGGUGUUGGCCCAACAAUCCAGAUUGGCGAACAGACAGUCAUCACUGUGGAUGCCAAGGCUGCCGGGAAAGGCAAGGUGACAUGCAGUGUGUGCACGCCUGAGGGGGCGGAGCUCGACGUGGACGUUGUUGAAAAUGAGGAUGGCACGUUCGACAUCUUCUACACGGCUCCGCAGCCCGGCGAGUAUGUCAUCUGCGUCCGCUUUGGAGGGGAGCACAUUCCUAACAGUCCCUUCCAAGUCACGGCACUGGAAGGAGCUCCAUCAGACCAGCUCAUGCAGCAGAGCCAAAUGCCCCAGUACUACGCACAACAGCCCUGGGCAACAGACAGACCUAUGGGAAUGAAUGGUUUGGACGUGGCAGGGCUGAGACCGUUUGACCUGGUCAUCCCAUUCACCAUCCAGAAGGGAGAGAUCACAGGUGAGGUCCGAAUGCCAUCAGGCAAGGUGGCCAAGCCUGACAUCACAGAUAACAAGGACGGCACCGUUACUGUCAAGUAUGCCCCCACUGAGGCCGGCCUGCAUGAGAUGGACAUCAAAUACGACGGCAUUCACAUCCCUGGAAGCCCCUUACAGUUCUAUGUGGACUACAUGAACAGUGGUAAUGUCAGUGCCUAUGGCCCUGGCCUCAUCCAUGGUACUGUCAACAAGCCGUCUGUCUUCACUGUUAACACUAAAGAUGCAGGAGAGGGUGGUCUGUCUCUGGCCAUCGAGGGUCCAUCCAAGGCAGACAUCAGCUGUGUCGACAACCAGGAUGGGACCUGCACUGUGUCCUACCUGCCCGUCCUGCCUGGAGACUACAGCAUCCUGGUCAAAUACAAUGACAAGCACAUCCCAGGCAGCCCCUUCUCUGCCAGGAUUACUGGUGAUGACUCCAUGAGGAUGUCCCAUCUGAAGGUGGGCUCGGCCGCUGAUAUCCCACUGGACAUUGGAGAGCUGGACAUCAGCCAGCUGACCGCCUCCCUCACCACACCCUCAGGCCGCGAGGAGCCCUGCCUGCUGAAGAUGCUGCGUAACGGACAUGUUGGCAUUUCGUUUGUACCCAAGGAGAUUGGAGAGCACCUGGUGAACAUCAAGAAAAACGGUCGCCAUAUUCCUAGCAGCCCCAUUUCUGUUAUGAUCAGCCAAUCAGAGAUUGGUGACGCCAGCCGUGUGCGUGUGAGUGGCCAGGGCCUAAGUGAGGCCAGGACCUUUGAGCCUGCCGAGUUCAUCAUCGACACCCGUGACGCAGGCUAUGGCGGCCUUAGUCUGUCCAUUGAGGGGCCCAGCAAAGUGGACAUCAACACUGAGGACCAGGAGGAUGGCACCUGUAAGGUCACCUACUGCCCAACUGAACCAGGAAAUUACAUUAUUAACAUCAAGUUCGCUGACCAGCAUGUGCCAGGUAGUGCAUUCACAGUGAAGGUAACAGGGGAAGGCAGGAUGAAGGAGAGCAUCACCAGGAAGAGGAGAGCAGCAUCAGUCGCCAAUGUUGGCAGCCAGUGUGACCUCAGCCUCAAGAUUCCAGAGAUCAGCAUAGCGGACAUGACCGCUCAGGUGACCAGCCCGUCUGGCCAGAUCCACAAGGCUGACAUUAUGGAGGGAGAGAACAACACCUACUGCAUUCGUUUCGUCCCCACCGAGACAGGCGUGCACACCGUGUGUGUGAAAUACAACGGCGUGCACGUGCCUGGCAGCCCGUUCCAGUUUACGGUGGGCCCCCUGGGAGAGGGCGGGUCUCAUAAGGUUCGUGCUGGAGGGCCAGGCCUGGAGAGAGCGGAGGCUGGAGUACCAGCUGAGUUCAGUAUCUGGACGAGGGAGGCUGGAGCUGGAGGUCUCAGCAUUGCUGUGGAGGGACCGAGCAAGGCUGAAAUUGCCUUUGAGGACCGCAAGGACGGCUCCAGUGGAGUGUCCUACAUCGUGCAGGAGCCUGGAGACUACGAGGUGUCGAUCCGUUUCAACGACGAGCACAUUCCUGACAGCCCCUUCAUCGUCCCUGUAGCGUCGCCGUCAGACGACGCCCGUCGCCUCACUGUUGCCAGUCUUCAGGAGUCGGGUUUGAAGGUGAACCAGCCGGCAUCAUUUGCCGUCAGCCUGAACGGGGCAAAGGGUGUGAUCGAUGCAAAGGUCCACAGCCCGUCUGGAGCUCUGGAGGAAUGCUGCGUCACUGAGAUUGACCAAGAUAAGUAUGCGGUCCGCUUCAUCCCCAGAGAGAAUGGUCUCUAUCUAAUUGAUGUGAAGUUCAACGGAAGUCACAUCCCUGGUAGUCCGUUUAAGAUCCGAGUUGGAGAGACGGGCCAGGCUGGAGACCCUGGGAUGGUGUCAGCCUAUGGACCAGGACUGGAGGGAGGCACCACAGGAACUGCUUGUGAGUUUGUGGUCAACACAAGCAAUGCAGGCCCUGGCGCUUUAGCUGUGACCAUCGACGGGCCAUCCAAGGUGAAGAUGGACUGUGUGGAGUGCCCCGAGGGCUACAGGGUCACAUACACCCCAAUGGCUCCUGGCAACUAUCUAAUUUCCAUCAAAUACGGUGGUCCUUACCACAUCGUUGGAAGCCCCUUCAAGGCCAAGAUCACUGGUUCCAAGCUCGUGUCCAGCCACAGUAUGCAUGAAACCUCCUCUGUCAUGGUUGACCCUGUGACACGUGCCAUCAGCUGUUCUCAGCAGGGUGCUCCCACCCAGUCAGAUGCCAGCAAGGUUGUGGCUAAGGGCCUGGGCCUGACCAAGGGUUUCAUCGGCCAGAAAAACAGCUUCAGUGUUGACUGCAGCAAAGCAGGUCGUAAUAUGCUCCUGGUUGGCGUGGAUGGUCCCAAGGUCCCCUGUGAGGAGAUCCUAGUAAAACAUUUGGGCAACCGCUUGUACAACGUCAGCUACCAGCUUAAAGAGAAGGGAGAGUACAUCUUGGUGGUCAAGUGGGGAGACGAACACAUCCCGGGCAGUCCCUACCACAUCACUGUCUAAAAACCCAGCUCCACAAUCAGAAACUUAAACCACUGUUUUAAAUUCUAUCUAGAGUCUAACCGAUCAUUGUUUACAGCUACAAGUCCCUCCUGUGUUACAAAUUAAGAUUUCUGCAACUAUUUAACCAACUAGAAAACAAACUCUCACAUUAGAUUUCUGUUUUUAAACAUUGUCACUCUAACCCAGUCAGAAUCUCCCAAAGAUCAAUGUUCCUCUCUUUACAGUCAUUCGCUCCAUUCCUUGUUUCAUUCCUUCGCUAAGCACAUCAUUCAGUACAUUUUACGGAGGAAAAAGAUGCACCUUUUUUAUUACUGUAAGCCAGCAGUGGACAUUAGAUUUGUCUGAGCUAGUGUAGAAUAAUAGGAUAGCUUAGCAUAGUGUAGCAGCAAUAGAUUUUUGGCCCCGCUGAGCCCAGCAUUGGAUGGAAGGUUUCUGUUUACACUGGAGGAGCUACUCUUACAUACAUACAUACAUAAUGGAUUCAGUUUUAUAUGAACAAUCACAGGACCUGAACCAAAGGGUGUCUUCCUGACCUGUGGGUUUCUAUGUAAGAAUGUUACACACUAUAGCACACUUUGAUACAAGACCUUUUAUUGUCUGUAUAAAAGUCAGAUGACCGGCUUUGUCCUUUACUUAUAACAACAAACGCUCAGCGCUGGCCCAGUCCACUCCAGCAUGUGGUGUUCAUGAUGCUCUUUAACUAACUCUUUUAUCUGCUGCUAGUGUGAUCCAGUUUUAGUCACUGCUGUUCUUGAAAGCCGUAAUAUGGAUUAGCAUAGGGAAACAAAGAUUAAAGGUAUGGCAACCUACGUGAAAGGCCACAUUUCGCAGAAGCUUUCUCGUGGAUUGUCUCACACGUGCUCUCUCAACAACACUGCUGGGAAACUGCGCUUUUCGUGUGGUUUUUUUUUUUUUAAUGUGUGACACCAACAUGUGCUCUGCAUGUUCAUUAGGAUACAGACAGCCUCUGAUUCAGAAUAGCAUCAACAUGACGUGUGUGGUGGUUCACCUUUUGAGUAUGGAACUUUUUUCAUAUAAGGCUUAAAAAGGGAUGUUUCUAAAGUUGUGCUGGACAGAAGGGCUGAAGGUGAUGAAAACACGAUGACCAAAAACAAAUGAGAACAGGUGUUGCUUUGUUUUCUGCUCAGUGUUUGUAUCUCAGCCACCCCACCCCGCCCCACCCUUUAGCCGUCACCCACUCCCUCCCUUUAUCCUUCCAGCUCGCUUUGUGCGUAAUCUAUCUUUCAGAAAAAAAGAAUCUUGUCCUAAAUAAAAAGGCUUUAAAAGUGUUUGUAAGACAGUAUUUUGAUACACAAUAAAGUUGUCUAAGUAUUUUUCUGUCAGUCUAA